UGGGCGGCAGCCAGAACCUGCGAGCGUACUGGCCCCACUACCUGAGCCAGGCACAUGUGCUGGUGUUCGUGGUGGACUCGGUGGACAGGUCGCGUCUGCUGACGGCGCGCCAGGAACUGCAUGCGCUGCUGGCCGCAGAGCCCCAUCUGCCCCUGGUCGUGCUGGCCAACAAGCAGGACAAGAGCGAUGCCCUGAGCGCAGCAGAGCUGCGGGAGGAGCUGGCCCUGCACACACUCUGCGAGCAGCGGGAGCUCUUCCUCCUGCCCACCAGCGCGACCUGGGCCAGCUUGAGCACCGCCACCAGCGUCCUCCAUGUGAAGAGCCUGCUGGUCACCCUGCUUUCCCAGCCCUGA